AACAUAUUUGAAAAGAAUAUUCCAAGCUAAUUGCUCAAUCUACACGAUUCAAUGAUUAACCAACCAACAUCACACUAGCCUUGAUAAUUGACUUGUCACUUCCCUCCCUACCUAGAAAAAUCCCCAAAUCAUGAAUUCUAAAUUAACCUAAUUUUCAAUUCGAAUCUCUGAAACAUUCAAUUCAAUCCAAACCCCAUCAAAUCCUCAAACGCCAUGAUCAUGAUCAUUCCCUUUCUUCUGAUCUUCUCUCUCCUCCCAUCUCUUUCCAUCGCCACACCCACCAUUACCGUAACCCCAACCUCACUCUCAAAAUCCGGCGACACCAUCAAACUCAAAUGGUCAGACAUAUCCGACCCAUCUGAGCUCGACUGGGUUGGAAUCUACUCCCCGCCCAAUUCACAACACCACCAUUUCAUCGGAUACUUCUUCCUUAAUUCUUCAUCCGAAUGGAAAUCCGGGUCCGGGUCGAUCUCAUUCCCUUUGAUAAACCUCCGACAGAAUUACCAGUUUCGAAUCUUCCGAUGGACUCAAUCCGAGGUGGACCCCACCAAGAUGGAUCACGACAGGAACCCAUUGCCACGGACUAAGCACCUCUUGGCCCAGUCUGGGGAGGUCUCGUUUGAGAGGCUUAAUGGGCCGGAACAGGUCCAUUUGGGUUUUACGGAGAGGGAGGAUGAAAUGAGGGUGGUGUUUGUGGCGGGGGAUGGUGGCAGGAAGGUUGUGAAGUAUGGUGAAGAGGAGGAAGAGCUGGGGAUGAUGGCGGCGACGGCGGUGGAGAGAUAUGAAAGGGAAGAUAUGUGUGAUGCUCCUGCUAAUCAGAGUGUUGGGUGGAGGGAUCCUGGGUUUAUUUAUAAUGGGGUUAUGACCAAUUUGAAGAAAGGGAAGAGAUAUUAUUAUAAGGUUGGGAGUGAUUCAGGGGGUUGGAGCUCUACCUACAGUUUUGUCUCAAGAAAUGAGGAUUCUGAUGAAACUAUAGCUUUUAUGUUUGGAGACAUGGGAACUGCAACACCCUAUAAAACCUUUAUCCGUACACAAGAUGAAAGCAUAUCCACCAUCAAAUGGAUACUCCGUGACUUAAAAGCUCUAGGAAACAAGCCUGCGUUUAUCUCACAUAUUGGAGAUACUAGCUAUGCAAGAGGAUAUGCAUGGAUAUGGGACAACUUCUUUAACCAGAUUGAGCCUGUUGCCACCCAGGUGGCUUAUCAUGUUUGCAUUGGAAAUCAUGAAUAUGAUUGGCCUCUACAACCUUGGAAACCAGAUUGGGCAGCUUACGCGAAGGAUGGUGGUGGUGAAUGUGGCGUACCAUAUAGUCUCAGAUUUAAAAUGCCUGGAAACUCCUCAUUUUCAACUGGGACUCGUGCACCAGCAACCCGGAAUUUGUAUUAUUCAUUUGAUAUGGGAUCUGUUCACUUUGUAUAUUUUUCUACAGAGACCAAUUUCCUUCAAGGAAGUGCCCAGUACACCUUCUUAGAGCAUGAUUUGGAGAAUGUUGAUAGGAAGAAGACUCCAUUUGUUGUUGUCCAAGGGCAUCGUCCUAUGUACACAACAAGCAAUGAGGUGAGGGAUACCCCGUUAAGAGAAAGAAUGCAGCACCAUUUGGAACCUCUACUUGUGAAGAAUAACGUGACACUUGCGUUAUGGGGUCAUGUUCAUAGGUAUGAAAGGUUUUGUCCAUUGAAUAAUUUCGCCUGUGGAGAAAUGGACUUGUCCGGGAAGAAGCAAGGUGGAUAUCCUGUUCAUGUUGUGAUUGGAAUGGCAGGGCAAGACUGGCAGCCUGUCUGGGAACCAAGACCAGAACACACUGAUCUCCCGAUAUUUCCACAGCCAAAAAGGUCAAUAUACCGUGGAGGUGAGUUUGGUUAUACUAGGCUUGUUGCCACAAAAGAGAAGCUCACACUGUCUUAUGUGGGAAAUCAUGACGGAGAAGUGCAUGAUAUGGUGGAGAUUCUGGCAACUGGAGAAGUUUUGAGUGGUGGAGAGGAAACCGAGAGUCCUAAAACCGUGUCAAAAGGUGGAAUGGCAUCACCCAUUUUCUCACAGGUUGUGAAGGGAGGGAGUGUCUUGCUACUUGGUGCUUUUGUCGGAUAUGUUAUUGGAUUUGUUUCACGUUCUAGAAGAGAAACUCCCGCUUCUGGAAAUAACUGGCUUCCGGUGAAGACUGAAGAAGCUUGAAUGGGAAUCAUAUUCAAGCAAAAGCAGCUUUCCAUAGGUGAUACCACUUCCUCUGGUCUUCUGUUAAGUAUAUCCGUCGUUAUUGACUUCUGAGGUGCAAGAGACUUGAAUAGCAGCUGGCUGUAUGCAUGUGAUCUGAACUUACCAUUUAUUGGCCACGGCAUAUAGAAACUGAAAGGUCUGUAUAUAUUGUUCCGCCUUUUGUGUUUAAUGUAUAAUAGAGCAUUUUUGAUGGGAAACAUUCUUGAUGUAUAAUAGGAUUCGUGUGCCUAUUAUUCUGGCAGAGAUGUUAUUUUCAUCUCAAUGUAUAACACCAUUACAUUUACAUGUAAUUGAAAACUUCGGUGUAACAAUACACUUCAAGUGUUUGCACUUGAGUUAUCUGUUGUAUAUUCCAAGCAGUUGAAUGAAACAAUGUUAUUGUAAGAAGGUAGAAAUGACUGUAUUUUAAAUUUCACUUGGCCUGAACAA